AUGUCCGAAAUUGUUAACAAUGAGAUCCAUUCUGCUUCCCCUAGAUGUGAUGAUUGGCUAGUAUCGAUAAUGAGUCCUGAGAGGAAAGAGCCAAAGAUUUCAACUAUUCCAAGGGUUCCAUCAAUGUUUCGUAAAAUUCAAUCAAACAAGGAUUGUUACGAUCCAUCAGUGGUCUCCAUUGGCCCCUAUCACCAUGGGGAGGAAAAAUUAAUGGAAAUGGAGAAGCUCAAGGAUACAUACGCCCGCCAGUUCGCCGAAGAUACCAAAAUACCCAUUCAAGAAAUAUACAACGCGGUGGAAGCAGUGGCAAAGAAUGUAAAAGAUUGCUAUAUAGAAGACUCAACAAAAAAUCUCGACAACCAGCAAUUUGCCAGGAUGAUGUUUCUUGAUGGUUGCUUCGUUGUCCAAUUCCUCUUCUGCCUCUAUCAGCAGCCUGAAAAUCUGGAGAUGAGUAGACACGAUGCUGCUUUGGUAACAAAGGACUUGUUCUUACUCGAGAACCAACUCCCUUUUGAAGUUCUCACCAAAUUGAUGAGUUUCAGAAAGCUGGAUCGCAAAGCUUGGAUGAAAAUUCUUACAGAUUUCUGCGAUCAAGUUCGUGCAUCUCCCGCUGGAACAGAGCUUAAGGAAAAGAUAACAAAAAUUUUUCGUGGAUUGCAAAAAUCAUUAACGAUACGGAAUCCCCAAGGUAUCGCAGCACGUGAUCGGCCUGCAGAUGCAGCCCAUCUUCUUGAACUUUUACAUAAGCAGUUUUGCUCUGGAACGAUUGUAUCAGAAAACGCUGAGAAGAGUUCGAGCAAGAACAAUUCUCAAAUGAACUGGUACCGUUAUUAUCCUGCUGAGGAGCUUAGGAACAUUGGCAUCCAUUUCAAGCCAAGCAAGACUGAUCUUUUCACCGAUGUCCAGUUCAAACGGAGAUGGCUGAUCACUCGAAGUCUCUAUAUUCCUCCAUUAAGAAUAGAUAGCUCUACCAAGUCCUUGCUUUUAAACUUGGUGGCCUAUGAAGCAUGCCUUAAUAAAUCUCGGGUCACUUCUUACGUAUGCUUCAUGGAUUCAUUGAUUGAUACCCCUAGAGACGUGCAGGUGCUGCGAUCGAAGGGCAUACUCCUCAACACUCUAGGAAGUGAUGAACAAGCUGCAGAACUCUUCAACCAGAUAGCCAGCCACUUGAUACCCGAUCCUUAUGCUUACAUUCAGGUUAAAUCCAGCAUUGAAAAGGAGCAUAGGAAAGUCAUAAGGAAAUGGGUAGCCAUGUGGCUGCGAGUUUAUUUUAAUAGUCCAUGGACCUUUAUUGCAUUUGUUGCUGCAACUUUUACCAUCAUACUAACUGCCAUUCAGACCUAUAUAGCACUAUUCCCUCUCAAGGAUCGGUGA